UAUUUUGGCAACAGUGGAUACGCAUGGACCCCGCAUCACCUUGCGUUGCUUCCCGAUAAUGCGCGCUGCUUGCCGGACAACCAAAACGCAUUCCCCGUGGAUCAUUUACUGACAUUUCCGUCUGAAUUUUUACUUUACAAACCGAAACCGUUUACCAUGGAUGUGCUGGCCAACCACAGCAUCUUUCAGGAGCUGCAGAUCGUCCACGACACCGGUUACUUCUCCGCCAUGCCGUCGCUGGAAGAGAAUUGGCAGCAGACUUGCCUUGAAUUGGAGCGCUACCUUCAGACCGAACCCAAACGAUUAUCCGAACUCUUCGACCAGGACUUGGAAGGCCUCCUCACUCCUGCGUACCUGAAGGAAGACAGCAGCGAGGAAGACCUAUCCGACGGACUUGUUCCCGACUUGCCCAACCUCCCGGAACCUCCCAGCCCACCCCCGGUCCUCCUUUGCCCUAGUCGCAAGUCCUCAAACCCCAAAAGAGACCUGAAACCCAAGAACCACGCAAUGGAGAACGUGGAAGGUCUAGAAGGAGUCCACCAAGCCCAACUCAGCGCUGUGACUUCAUUGACACCUCCUUCGUCACCGGAACUUGGUAGGCAUCUGGUGAAACCCAACCAGACUUUGACAGCUUCGGCCGACGGGACUUUGACGUUGAAGUUGGUUGCCAGGAAGGUGGGACUAAGCGCGGCGCGGUUAGUGGCAGCCCAGGCGCUCCCGGUCAGGAUAAAAGACGAGGACGAGAGCGGGAAUUGUGUGAUCGGAAUGGGUGAUAUUCCGGAGAACAAGAAGAGGAUUCACCGCUGUCAGUUCAACGGGUGCCGGAAAGUCUACACCAAGAGCUCCCACCUAAAGGCGCACCAGCGGACACACACAGGUGAGAAGCCGUACAAGUGCUCGUGGGAGGGCUGUGAGUGGAGGUUCGCCCGCAGUGACGAGCUGACCAGGCAUUACCGCAAGCACACCGGGGCCAAGCCUUUCAAAUGCAACCACUGUGACAGGUGUUUCUCGAGGUCGGAUCACUUGGCGCUACACAUGAAGAGGCACAUCUGAAGAUACGGGAGCGACGGAGAGUCGGAAAAAGCGGGAAGGAAAACUAGCAUCAAUCUUGGAACAACUUUGAGAAUUGGAUUACAGAUUCAAGACAAUGAACCAAACUUGUAACUUUUCGGAAUUCCAAACGGACACGAUCUUGGAAUAGUCUUUUCUUGGACCACAUAAACAUCUUGUCCCAACUUGUGGAUCACUUGGCAGCUCUGAUAACUUUGACUAUUUGCCAAUGGAACUUUUUCAAGCCUUCAAUGCGCAACAUUCGCUCACCAAACUUGUAAAUUUUGCUCACGGGCGGAUGUCACUGCAUUGUUCAUUCACUUAGGGAUCCCUUGAGACCUGGCAGAGUGGUUAGCCGUAAAUUUCCAAGUUUAAAAUUAGCUAAAAGAGUUCUUAGGAGGUUGUUAUUCGACCAACUUUACAGUGUACUUCAAUACUGUAACAUUUUUAUCACUUUUUAAAUAUAUUUUACAUAUCGGAUAGUUAAAACCAAUCAAAAGUCAGUAGCGGCAUAUGCUAAUAUCUAGGAAAUGACCUAAAGCCCACCCUAUUUCAAAUCAAGAGUUGAUUUAAGUAUCCUUGGGUGGUUUGGUUGGAUGAUGGAUCGAAAUAGCAAUAUGGGUGGCUUACGCAGGUACGAUAAACAAUAAAAGUAAUUAUAAAAGUCCUUCAGCUAAUUAGAAGCUAGAAAUUUAGCAUCAAACGGUCAAAGUUAGCCAAAAACAAAUAACGAUGAAUCAAUUUUAAGGUCUUAAGGGGACCGUGAGUUGAACAAGCUAGCUAUGACAAUUCCCCAAACAAGAAUGCUGCCGUGUACUGAUUUUCCAUAUAGUCCUACACUGGAAUAUUCAUAUGUCAACAUUGUUUCAUCUAGAUAUAUUCAUAAACCCUUCUUCACUGAUGCAUCAAUUUGAAUGGACACUGGAUUUUUCCGUAAGACUUGACGUUUUGGCGUGAUGCGAGAAAUAGUGAAGACAUUUUGGAUCACACUUGGGGGAGCUAGCAUCGAUUCAUAACCAUCCAUACACCGAGCUAACUCAAUGACGCUAACUAAUACAACUCUGGGACUCCAUCUCCUAGACAGAACAUCAGCGUAGUGAUUCAAGAUGGCUACCAAGGGCCGUUUUUUCCUUUGCUAUUUGGAUCUCCUGCCACUAACUGUUGCACAAUUGACUUCUAUUUUUUUGCACGAGUGGUCUUGGCGCGGCGUAAACACUAGCGGGAUCCACCAAAAAGUCGUAAUCAAAAAGCGUGGACAGCCAACAAUGCACAAGUCGUUGGAAGCAGCUAGCUGACUGCGAAAUAGCACAUUACGCUAUGUAUGUAAAGCCUAUAUUGUUUGUAGGAUAAAAAGAAUUUGUUCAAAAAAGACGAUUCUGAAAGAUUUUGAAGAACUUGGAAAAAGGAUGCAGCCAAAAAACACAAGUGUCUACUACCGAUGCCGGAAAUGAUCUCUUGGGAUUUGAGAGGGAUUGGCAUCUAUAAAUUAGCCACUGGUUUUAACAAAGUUUGUCCCAUUCGCAACGCCGUAAGAGAACACUUCCACUAUAGCAGCUCAAGAAUCCAAGGCUAAAUCAGGCCUUCUUCAUGGACAACAAACUAGCAAACUUCUUCCAGGCAUAGAACCAGGAACUUUAGCACGAUCGCAACAUGCAUUCAGUCAUUUGGAAGGCUAACAGCUAAUCAAUGUGAAUGUUUGUUUUGUAAGUGCUGGGAACUUUCGAAUAGAGUUGUGGGUCUAC